AUGCUACUCCCCAGUUCGACAGUGAUAUUUAUAUGGUUUGGCUUUCUAUUGUCAAUAGUUAAUGCUGGAGCUCGAUAUAUCCAAUCGUCCUCUCUUUUGACAUGUAUGGAAAACUCCCAAUUCACAGCUUCAUAUUUUGAUAUUGUAUUUUUCCCUGGAAACAAUUCUGUCAAUUUUAAUGUGGUGGCCAUAACAUCGAUUGAUAAUAAGACGGUUGGUGUAAAUGUUAAUCUUAUUGCCUAUGGGUUAAAUGUUUUACAAAGAAAUAUUUCCUUGUGUGACAUUAAUUAUCAGAAUACUGGUAACACUAAAAAUAAUCCAUUGUGUCCCUUAACAAGUGGUCAUUUGGAUUUAGAUUCGCUGUACACGUUGGGAAAAUCUGUCACUAAAGAUAUUCCCGGUAUUGCAUACACCAUUCCUGAUUUGGAUGCCAGAGUUCGUGUUAUUGUUUACGACACUGAAAACUAUGAACAAUUAGCUUGUGUUGAAACCACAUUGUCCAACGGUAAAACUGUGCAGACAAAAUAUGCAGCAUGGCCUAUUGCCGCUGUUUCUGGGUUAGGGGUUAUUACUUCAGGGGUCAUUUCCGUGAUUGGGCAUUCUAGUACUGCAGCUCAUAUUGCUUCAAAUUCCAUGUCGCUUUUCGUCUAUUUCCAAUCUUUGGCUAUAACAGCAAUGAUGGCCGUGGCAAGAGUUCCACCUAUUGCUGCUGCGUGGGCUCAAAACUUUAUGUGGUCAUUGGGAAUUGUCAAAGUGGGGUUUGUUCAAGACAUUGCCAAUUGGUAUUUACAAUCCACUGGAGGCACUCCAACCGAUAUUUUAAAAUCUAGUUAUCUUUCCGUGUCAGUGCAGAAAUUUGUGAAAAAAUUCAUCAGACGUUCAGUUCUCGCCAUGCCUGACCAACAACGGGAAUUCAUCACUCACUUGGUCAGAAGAAGUAGCAUUCAGUUAGAUUCAGACAGCUUCAAUGCCUCGGGAUCAUUGGACCCUAAUUUAUAUUCAACUAACGAAAAAGCUAGUGAUUUGUCGGGGAAGAUCUUAGUCUUGAGAGGGAUUCAGAGAGUUGCUUAUUUGGCACAUAUCGAGAUUACCAAUAUUUUUAUGACUGGUAUUCAAUUUUUAUUCUUUUUCGCAUUUGUGAUGAUUGUUUGUCUCAUGUUGUUUAAGGCAAUCAUCGAAAUAUUGAUUAGAAGCAAAGUUAUGAAUGAAGGGAAGUUUCAUGAAUAUCGUCAACAAUGGACAUCGAUUAUUAAAGGUACUAUAUAUCGUUUGUUAGUUCUUGCUUUGCCUCAGAUCAGUUUAUUAUGUAUUUGGGAGUUCACAGCAAAUGAUUCCGCUGGUAUUAUCAUUGUUGCUGUGUUUUUGUUGUUUAUCACUCUUGGGUUGUUAUUCCAAGCUGCUGUAAGAGUUUUCCUCAUGGGUAAAAAAUCUGUACGUCAAUUUAAAAAUCCAGCUUAUUUGUUGUUUGGUGAUGGUAAGUUUUUGAAUCGAUUUGGUUUCCUUUAUGUUCAAUUUCGUGCUGACAAGUAUUGGUUCAUUUUGGUUUCUUUAAUUUAUAUUCUUCUUAAAUCCUUGAUUGUGGCAGUAUUACAGAAAUCAGGUCAACCUCAAGCAGUCAUUGUUUGGGUUAUUGAAUUGAUUUAUUUAGUGAUUUUAAUUUGGAUUCGUCCAUUUAUGGAUAAAAGAACUAAUGCCUUCAACAUUACUAUUGGUGUGAUCAAUUUUAUCAAUGCAUUGUUCUUCAUGUUUUUUUCAAAUGUUUUCAAACAACCAAAUGUUGUAUCAUCGGUUAUGGCUGUUGUGUAUUUCAUUUUGAAUGCAGUGUUUGCCUUGUUUUUGUUAUUAUUCACCAUCAUCACGUGUGUUCUCGCAUUGUUGUACAAGAACCCAGAUACAAGAUACCAACCAAUGAAAGAUGAUCGAGUUUCAUUCUUGCCUAGGUUUGGCAAUAAAAGCGGUGAUGCCAGCAAAGGACAAAAUAACAAUACUGAGGAUAUGGAAUUGAUGGCAUUGGGAGCAACAGCAAUGAAAGGUCACGAACAUAGUAAUCAACAAGGUGGUACUGUGUUUGAUGAUUAUGAUUCAUAUGAUGAUGAUUCUCCAGAUCACAGAUCUCGUAAUGCUAGUGGACCAGGUGGAGCUACCUUGACGAAUGUAUCUUCUAAUUAUGAUGCUGAUUCACGUAGAGAUUCUAUAAAUUUCCUGGAACCUACUCAACCAAAUUCAACUAUUGUUGGUAACCCAUAUAAUGCUGUACCUCCAUCUAUGGGUGCACGUAGCACUAGUAGCAAUUCAGGGUUUAGCUAUGGUACUACCGGAGUUUAUACUGGAAGUGUUUCUUCACCACAUAAUCAAUAUCCAAAUCGUUAUGGGGGCCAACAAAACAAUUAUGGAAACAACAAUGGUGCUAGAAGAUGGCAGUGA